UGCAUUCUUCCAGUGCCUAUCCGCGAUCUGCGCGACAAGCGAGUUGAAGAGUUUCUUGAUACGCUCAGGCUCAGAGAGCGGGGGCUUCGCAGUUGCAGCUUUCUUCUUUGAUUUCACAGGGCCCCCUUUUGCCGGGGCUUUAGCCUUCGACGGCGGCGGCAUGAUGAGGAGGAACAAGGACGAGGGCUAUUGACGCGUAUUUGGGCACACGUGGAGGAUGGCGAUCUCGGGCCAAGCGCACCCACCUGCCUUUGGUCCUCAACUCAGUCACCGUCAGGGAUAGAAGUGGGAACAUUCGUCGACGCCGCAGGAUGUCUACCGAAGAGAACUCAGCUACUCCCCAGCCCGAGGCUCAGCCCCCAACCGAGCCCGCGGCCAUGGCGGCGACGACCACGAACAGGAAGCGGCCCCGCCUGGACAUGAACACGGACGCCCGGGAGCGCAAACGCGGUAAAAGUAUGUUUGGACUCGUGCUAGGUACCCUGAACAAGGCCAAGAACGAGGACAAGGAGCGCAACGCGUCCGAGGCGGCGAAGAAGCGGCAGAUGAUAGAGAAGAAGCUGCAAGAGAAACUGAAGCAGGAGACUGAUACUGUCAGACGCGCGGAGGAGACGAAGAAGGACAAGACAACGGCGGCCAGGAAGGAGGAGGACCUGCAACUCAAGGACUCGGUGUACAAACUCCGCCGCAAGCGCCUCCCCCUUCUCGCGAACUUCCUCAUCACUUCGGAUGUCAUACCCGAGUCUCCUGACGCCGACGAUGCACCUAAGGACGAUGCGGGGGAUUCGAAGUCUGGCGACGCAAUGGACACGGACGCGGCAGACAAGCCUGACGCGGCCAAGGUCCUGGCGCAAGCGCAAGCACCGCGCCAACACCCACCACCACUUUAUUACCUGCCUGCCAUCUUGUUACCAUCGCAAAAAGCCUUCCUGGAGAAGCGGAAGAAGGAGGUCACCGAAGCCGCGGAAAAGGAAUGGGAAGCUUUCGCCGCCGAGCGCGCCGCAGGUAUCACCGAAAUCGACCAGCUCAGGCAAAAAGUCGCACAAGAGUCCGAGGAGCUCAAGAAAGCCGAGGCCGCGCUCAAGGCGGCCAAUAAAAUCGCCAGCCCACCUGACUUCCCCGACGCCGACAAGCCCGCAGCGGGGGAGAACGGCACCGACGCGAAGCCCGACGUGCGCGUCGACACCGCAGGCGACGUGCAGAUGGACGAGCCGCCGCCGGGGUCCGCAAUGGACGUGGACGAGGGGGCGAAGUCGGAGGAGAGGGUUGCGGACGACGAGGCGAAGAAGGACGAGGUCAAGAAAGACGAGGAAGAGAAGGAGCGGCAGCAGAAGGCGAAAGCGAAGGAGGAGCAGAUGUCGGCGCAGAUGCGCACGGACGAGGACGAUGCGGUUGAGUAUUAGAUCUAGGUCGUGCGGUCGUAUGUGUUGGUGCUUAGGCGUGUUGGUGCUUGAUGAUGAUGCUUGGGGGUGCGUGCUUGCCGAGAGCGGUUGCCUCUACUACUGGCUUGAUUUGUGAAUCCAUCUCUGCUUUGGACCGCUGGGCUGUGACUGACGUAUCCCCCUUUAGAAUUGCGUCGUUUGUCUGCUACCUGAGGCCUAUCUGCCCCCCGUCUGACCGACUCGGCAUGUCUUUGAAGUGAGUUAUCGUUCGCUUUUGAGUCUACUGCGUCUGUGUUGAUGUUUUCUGUCCGCGAUAGGCUACGUGUACCUGUACGUUUUUCUUUUCCCCUCCCUUUUCCUUCUCUUUCUGCUCUAUCGGCG